UCCCUGAAAUUGAAUAUUUACAGGGUAAAGCUAGAAUUUUACCUGUUAAUACUAAUAUGUGGAUCAACAAUCAAAGCUCAGUAGAUGACUUCAUCUUAUUGGGAUUUUCUGACCGGCCUUGGCUGGAGACACCUCUCUUUGUAAUUUUUCUGGUGGCCUACAUAUUUGCUUUAUUUGGUAAUAUCUCCAUUAUCCUGGUUUCCCGCCUAGAUCCCCAGCUUGACAGCCCCAUGUACUUUUUUGUCUCCAACCUUUCUCUUCUAGACCUCUGUUAUACUACAAGCACUGUCCCUCAGAUGUUGGUCAACCUUAGAGGGCCCGAAAAGACCAUCAGCUAUGGUGGCUGUGUGGCCCAGCUCUAUAUUUUCUUGGCCUUGGGCUCAACUGAAUGCAUCCUUCUGGCCAUCAUGGCCUUUGACCGCUUUGCUGCCAUUUGCAAGCCCCUUCACUAUCCUAUCAUCAUGAACCAAAAACGGUGCAUUCAUAUGGCCACAGGGACCUGGAUUAGUGGAUUUGCAAACUCUCUUGUGCAGUCCACCCUCACUGUGGUAGCCCCAAGGUGUGGACAGAGGGUAAUAGACCAUUUCUUCUGUGAAGUUCCAGCCCUUUUGAAACUAGCUUGCAUUGACACAACUGUGAAUGAAGCCGAGCUUAAUGUUCUUGGAGCUUUGCUGCUCUUGGUGCCUCUCAGCCUCAUCCUGGGCACCUAUGUGUUCAUUGCUCAGGCAGUGCUGAAACUCCGUUCUGCUGAGAGUCGCUGGAAGGCAUUUAAUACCUGUGCUUCACAUCUGCUGGUGGUCUUCCUCUUCUACUUCACAGCUAUCAGUAUGUAUGUUCAGCCUCCCUCAAGCUAUUCUCAUGAUAGGGGCAAGAUCAUGGCUCUGUUCUAUGGUAUUGUCACACCUACCCUCAACCCAUUCAUCUAUACUUUAAGGAAUAAGGAUGUGAAGGCUGCCCUGAGGAGGGCACUAACAAAGGAGUUUUGGGUCAAGACAAGGCAAUAGCUAAAAAAGACCAAAGAAGCAAGAAUAAACAGAUUUGCUUCUCAAAGAUGAUUCUGGACUUGGAAUUCAUGAGGGAACCAUCUAACAAAUGCCACAG